GUUAAACACCUGCUGGAUUUAGCACUCUACUGACACAACUCACCAAUGGUUGUUCAAGUGAAAUCACGCAUUCGCUACAGCAGCAAAACCAUGGAGGGCAACCAACAAAAAGUGGAAGCCAAUAUUUUGUUAUUGGGAGCUGAGGACGUUGGAAAGUCUGCUCUAACCGUGCGCUUUCUUACGAGGCGGUUUAUUGGAGAAUAUGGAGAUAUAGAAUCAAUAUACAGCCAUACUGACAAGAUCGACGGCCGUGAUAUUUGUUUCAACAUCUGGGACUCGCUUUGCCCGCAGGAUGAGGAAAAGUCUGGGCAUAUAAACGACAGACAGCUACAGUGGGCAGACGGCUUUAUUCUGGUUUACAGCAUCUGUGACCGCGCCAGCUUCAAUUUGGUCCAGCGACAAGUUAAGUGUAUACGGCAACUCAAGCAGAAAGCGUCAAGCGCAGCUCCGAUCAUUAUCGUGGGGAAUAAGCGCGAUCUCCAACACCGGCGUACCGUCUCCAGCGAGGAAGGUCGACUGCUCGCGCUCUCGGCGGACUGUGGCUUUUUUGAGGUGUCAGCUGCUGAGACCUACCAUGGUGUGCUGAUGGUGUUUCAUGAACUGUUGGAGCUCAUCCGAGAGGCGAGGGCAUUGAAGAAGGGCACCGCGGGGUUCAAGGGUAUCGUACGGAGCAUGUCGGCGGUGUUUGGACGAAAGCGGACCGAGUAGUUUCUUAUUCCCCCUUACAGCGGAGGAUCAUUUAGGGAUAAACCCAUUAAGAGUCCAUAUUGGAAGGAUAAACUGAUUGUUGAUUUCAACUGGAUUUUGCAAGUUGACAAACUUUAGUUGUUGCGCUGAACGCGUUCUUGCGUUAAAACGGACUGGAGGCGCGUUUAUCACGUAAACGUGGUUAAUAUAAACACCAGUUGUCCUGUUUAUGAAGGCAAUUCAAACGAGACGGGAUUGGAUUUGGUAUCAUUGCUCAGAAAUAUUGCAAACAGUCAAUCAUCUAUUUGAACAUUUUCGUUUUAUUGUUGCAGAUAACUGCAAUUGUCAUUUUUAGCAUUUUUGUCUAUGCAAUCCAUUGGUUCAACACGUUGUAAAAUGUUGCCAUUAGCGCGAUACAUAAUAUUGUGACAACAUUGUAGCUUUUCUUGAAGAAAAUGUUUCGGAUUAUUUAAAUUGUGUUGUCAUUAUAGUGGUCAUAUAAAAUGCUUAAAGUUGGAGAUGUCCACUUUCACCCUAUUGGAUUUUGCUGAGUAUAAUGUAUUUUAAGUCCUAACUGUGUUUUAUUAUACAACCUUUGAUACAUUGGUGAUGUUUCCAGACUGCCAAACACAAAUUGUUGUAUUGUAAGUGCAAAAGCUUAUGGUAAUAUUGUUUUAUAAUAAAACAUGAAAUA